AUGUCACACCCCCGCGUGGAAGAGGUCUCGGACAGCGACCCAGACGCCUUCUCGGACCCGGACGAGGGCGACAUUGACGACUUUGUCGACACGGACAUUAUCCGGCGGGUGGCCGACCCCCGAUCACAAGCGCAAACCCAGUCACAGCAGUCACAGCAACAACAGCGCGCGGCCGCGCAGUCGCACAUCCUCGACCCGGCGGACCUCAACCCUCUGCGAGCAGGCCCCGGCGGCGGCGGGCUCUCCGCCGACGAGCACGCCGCGUACAAGGGCUUCCAGACGCUGUACCCCGUCUACUUCGACGCGACGCGCUCCCGCGCCGAGGGCCGCCGCGUGCCCGCCCACCUCGCCGUGCGCAACCCCCUCGCGCGCGACAUCGCCAACGCGUGCUCCCGCCUGCGCCUGCAGACGCUCCUCGAGCCCGAGAAGACGCACCCCAAGGACUGGGCCAACCCGGGCCGCGUCAAGGUCGGCCUCAAGAAAUCCGCCCCGGGCACCACCGCGGUCAAGAACAAGCACCACCUCUACACGCUCGUCGCGCGCCACCUCGUCGAGAACCCCACCACGGAGGCCAGCGCCGGCCUGCGUCUCCGCGUCGGCGGCCAGCUCCAGCCCCCCGAGGGGAAGCCCUACCCGCGGCCCGCCGUCCCGCGCGGCUGGAAGAUGGGCGAGCUGCUGCCCUACCUGAGCGCCGCCAUGACGGGCGGCGGCGUGUCCGAGAACCUCUUCAAGGACAUGAUGAAGGAGAUGCAGGGCGGCGGGGACCCCAUGGCGGCGCUCAUGGCGAGCCAGCAGGCUGGUGCUGCUGGUGCUGGCGCAGGAGGCUUUGGGGACGAGGGCGGUGCGGGCGGCGGUGGAAGCAAGAAGAAGAAGGACAAGAAGGGCAAGGGGAGGGCUUGA